CGCCACUUGCCUGUCCUUCGGUUCCAAAAGUACUACACCGCUACACCAUGUCUGCCUACGCCAUCCCCACCACUUCGCUCUCAUACGAAGACCACGUUCGCCUCUUCACCGUCCUCCCACCGGCUCUGCAUAAAAUCAUCUGUGCCACACCCGCUCGUAUCUACCAGUCCGGUCUCCAAUCGUCUGACAAAGACUGGCAAUACACCGGUCUGAAAGGCAUGCUCGUCUUCGGCUGUGACAACCGCUCUCGCCUGUCACCCAGUAAUCCUGGAUUUUACGACGGCGGGAGUUACUGGUUCAAGCUCGUCGACUGUCGGAGAGGCAAGCUGGUGUGGCAACACCAACUGCAGGAGAUCCUCGAGUAUGAGGCCGACAAACCUUUCUUCCACGCAUUCACUGUCAAGACACGGAAAUUUGGAUUCCGCUUCGACGAAGACGACGAAGCUGCUGUCUUCUACAAAGAGGUCCAACGCCGACUUAUUGACAUUCCCCUCCAAAUGCCUCUACCUCCUAAGCCUACCAAGGUCUCAUCACCUAAGAGCACGCGCCGAUCAGCCCUCAGCGGCUCCAUGAUCUCUCCACCCGUCCCCAACUCCUUCCAACACGUGGCACACAUGGGCAUGGAAGAGGCCGGCAGCCGGACAAAGAGCUGGAACGUUGCCCCAGAGUGGACACACUUGCUAGAGAAGCUCGGAGGGUACGGCAUCGACGCGGAGGCCGUCGAGGAGAAAAUCGAGUUCGUGCAGGGAUUCCUUGCCGGUGUGGAGGCUGUGAGCAGUUCACCUAAGAAUUCGCCAACGAGCACGCCCCUCUCGACUCCUCCGUGCACCAGCGACGAGGAAGAUGACUAUUUCCACGUACCAACAUCGAAACCUAAGCGUUACGAAUCCCCACGACGCAAGCCGUCUACGCCACAUUACGCACAUUAUUGAAGCCAUCUCAUGUUCUUCUCAUUUUUCCCUCCUUUUGCAUGGUUCACUUGCUCUCCUCUCCUCUUCUUUCUCCUCGCAUCGCAUCACAUUACUGUACCAUCAUUCACAAACGGGUCUUCAGGUCGACUCUCGGUGGCUCAUCAUCGCGCGGACGCUCUCUUUUUAUGCGCUCUCUUUCUCCAUGUCUCUUCUCUGUUUCUUCUGGGCCCGGUCUUGUCGGACACUUCCUACCUUCUCCCUACUCAGUACUCAGCUUGUGGAAUAUCGACCGCCGUCCUCUCAGUUUUCCUUCUCUCUAGCUCUCAUAUACGCACCUCACGCCUCGCAUUCCCGGCUCCCCAUCGCAUCGGCAUUUGUUGUACAGUACAAUGUUUUAACGCUUAUUGUAUUUGUAUCAUAUCACGCUUUGAAAAGUACUUUUGCUACCAUGCAAUAUAUGUACCAUGUUCAG